GGGAUUUUAACUGCGUCUUUGCUUGCAGCAACGUUAACAACAAAGAAAAAAAAAACUGCGUCUUUUAAAUUAUUACACCUAAUACCAUGUCAGGCUCUGAUGAAGAUUGGUUCGACCAGGAUGAGGAGGAACUGGUGCAGAGCUUGGAGAAAAAGGUGAAGUCCCAGGAGCGAGAGAAUGCUGAGGAACACAUAGAAUGCCGCGCACCCGAGGUGGGGGACUACAUGAAACAACUGAACUUGGAGGCGGGUUCUGCAAAUGCCGGAAAGGAUGGAAAAUCCUCCGGGCGGUUCUCCUUGACCGAACUAACAAAGGCUCUGAAAAUGCCGCCCGUGGACAUGUUCCUUUAUUUCCUGUCCGAGGAACGAGAUCUGUUCGUCAACCAACUGGGGGCUAAUGACAGUGUGAAGCGAGUCAGUCUGUUCGUGGAGGUCCUGAAGUCGCUGUGUCAACUCGAAUUGGGCGGAUUCGAUGAGGAGUUUCUGUCCGCCUUUAGCCGGGAAUCUGUGCUGCUGGACAAGAUCCGGAAUCUUCUGAUGGCCAAGGCCUCUGCCGGUAAAUGUGAUGCCGAUUCGGCUUUAAUAUUGAGCCACAUAAAGUGGCUGCUUCUACGAGCCCAUAAGUUUGGAGUUCUUGGGCAGCAGGGCUACAAAUUGGUGGAACUGUACAAAAAGUUGGCACAUUCCAUUAAAUCCGACUUGGCUGAAGGUCUGGAAGCAUUUACGGGCAAACAUUCGCAUAAUGUAAAGGGACAAAUCUACCCGACGUUGGACAAAUUUCUGGGGAAAGAAGAGGCUCAAGAACCAACAGCACAAGAACCUCCUCUGAGCGAUAAAGUUGUACAAUAUAUAAACCGUCAGCGGCAUUUACUCAGCGAGGAUUUUUCUGCCCCAUUAAUCGAGUUUGUGCAGCAGCUGCGUGCUGGCAAAGACCUCCAGGAGCUGGAGCAGCAGCACCUGCUGUGGUCCAGUGCAUAUCUGACAUUAAAUCCCCAGUUUGCCGAGGCCCAGCGUCAUAGCCUGGUUUUUCUCAAAGUGAAAUCCAACGAAGGUUCCAAGAAGGACAAUAAGAAUAGUCUGGACAACAUUAAAUCAGGAGCAUUGCUUUGUUUCACAACAAGCCUAGUAUUUGAUGAUCUCAUUCUGGCUUCCGUUGGCUACACAGAGCUAGAAAAACUAAAAGAGGGAUGUCUAAGUGUGCAGAUUGUCAAGCAGUUUAACAUUGGCAACAUCUACGAUCGACCACUGUUUGUGUUCCAGACGCCCGUGUUUUUCGAACCCUAUCUAAGGGUUCACAAUUACCUGAGCACCUGCAGCACGGAGCAGUUUCCCAUGCGUCGCUAUCUUGUAGAUGGAGAGUUUGAUAUACGACCGCCAGCGUACAUUAAGCCAGGAGUUAAGCUAAGCCUUAAUGGCAAACCCUUUACGCUGGACAAACCGCCAGAAAAUCUGCCUUUCAAUGAGAGCCAGAGGACAGCCUUCAAGGAAACCCUAAGCAGGGAGUUCAGCAUCAUCCAGGGUCCUCCAGGCACGGGCAAAACGCACCUCUCUGUCGAGUUGGUGAACAGUUUGAUACAGAACGCCAAAGUUUUGGGCACGGGACCCAUCAUUGUGCUGACCUAUACCAACGACUCGCUGGACAAGUUCCUGGUAAAGGUGUCGCAAUACACCAAGGAAAUACUUCGUUUUGGCAGUCAGACGCGAGAUCCGCAAAUAGCCAAGUUUAAUGCGCGCACCAUGAUCAAUCCGGAUCUGGUACCGCCUCGCUUGAAGCGAGUUUGGUGGCUGGUGAACUGCGAAUACAAGGAGAAGUUCCAGUACCUGCAAGGCUUGUACUCCAACUUCGAUGGCAGCGAGGAUAGCUACCAGAAGACUUUGUUGGCUCAAAAGCAGCUGCAUCAGGUGGCCGAGCGCAUCGACACACUGCGCAUGGUCUUCCAGUUCUUUCUGGCAAGGGACAAGGAUCUGCUGGCCAUGACCACCACGUGUGCUGCUCGCUUAAACUUCCUCUUCCGGCUGCUGCAAUCCAAGUGCGUGGUCUUUGAGGAGGCGGCCGAAAUUCAGGAGGCCCACAUCCUGGCCUGUCUUACGCCGCACACGGAGCACGUAAUCCUCGUCGGCGAUCACAAGCAACUGCAACCCUUCACCGGCAGUAGUCAGGUGCCACAAAUCUCCCUCUUCGAACGCCUCAUCGUGGCGGGCAUGCCGUUCUCUCUGCUCAAUCUGCAGUACCGUAUGCGUCCGUGCAUUUCGGAGCUCCUUGUACCCAGCAUUUAUGACGAACUGCUCUGUUCGGAGUCAGUAAAAGAGUACGAAGACAUCCGGCUCAUGGAAAAGAACUUGUUCUUUGUGCAGCACAACCAAACGGAGCAACGCUCCUCGGACAUGUCUUUCGAGAAUCCCUACGAAGCUGGCGUACUGGCAAAAUUCGUUGACUUCCUUAUCAAGAGGGCCAAAUAUCAGCAUAGUGAUAUUGUGAUACUUUCGCCUUACAACGCGCAAAUUGAGUGCAUUAAGAAAUCGCUUGAUCGCAAAUAUCGUUCAAGUGUCCAGGUGGCCAGUGUAGAUAGUUUCCAGGGCUUGGAGGCCAACAUAGUGCUUCUCUCGCUGGUGCGCAGCAAUCCGUCCGGCCAAAUUGGCUUUCUGCGACUUCCGAACCGCGUGUGUGUUGCUCUUUCUCGGGCACGCUGGGCACUUUAUAUCAUCGGUAAUCUGGAAAUGUUGCAGCAGUCCUGUCCAAAGCUUUGGAGCCCCAUUGCCAAGCGUUUGGGGGAGAAUGAUUCCGUUGGAGAGGCUUUCCCGACAACAUUUAAUCUCUGUUAAAUAAAUAAAUAAAAUGUGUAUAUACGUUUGA